CCGGCAGUGAUAUUACCCAGUAGUCCAUGCGCGCUGCAACGUAUGCAGUCAGGCACUGGCAGACUUACCGGGAGUAUGAUGGCUGCCUGAGGAAAGCGAUUUCAUAGAACCGGCAGGUUGUAAGCUAUUCAUACCAAGAGAAUUAAUUAAGGACGACUGUUGCUGCCUCUCUGACGUCCUGCGAUUAAUAGAACGAGAGGGUUGCACCUUAACGAAAGGGAAUUAUGGCAAGUCCCAGAACUAGACGUGUGCUUAAGGAAGUGCGAACACAAGAUGAGAAUAACACAUGCUUUGAGUGUGGUACUUUCAAUCCACAAUGGGUGAGCGUUACAUAUGGCAUCUGGAUUUGCUUGGAGUGUUCAGGGAAACAUCGAGGUCUAGGAGUACAUCUGAGUUUUGUGCGUUCUGUCACAAUGGAUAAAUGGAAGGACAUCGAAUUAGAGAAGAUGAAAGCUGGUGGAAAUCGCAAGUUCCGAGAGUUCUUAGAAUCUCAGGAUGACUGUGACCCUUGCUGGAGUUUGCAGGAAAAGUACAACAGCAAAGCAGCUGCACUAUUCAGAGACAAGGUGGCCACUUUAGCUGAAGGCCGAGAUUGGUCUGUUGAAACUUCAUCGGCUAGAAACUGGUCCCCACCUCAAACCAAGGUUCCACUCGCAUCUGUCCAUCGCACUUCAGCUGGUCAAGCCCAGAGUUCAGGUUCUUCCUCGGACAAGGCGUUUGAAGAUUGGCUGAGUGAUGAUCUUAACUCCUAUCAAAGCGGAGGUGGAUAUAGCAGUCAGGAGAACCGUUAUGUUGGUUUUGGAAACACUGUUAACUCACAGAAGAAAGAAGAGGACUUCUUUAAUAAUGCCAUGACAUCAAUUUAUUCGGGAUGGAGCAAUUUUACUGUUGGGGCAAGUAAAUUUGCAUUAGCUGCGAAAGAAAACACAACAAAACUUGCAAACCAAGCAACACAGAAGAUAUGGGGUUAUAAACCCCCACCAGAGCCGGCAACAGAGUUGAGUCAGAGUAUAAACGAAAAUGUCCUCAAACCUACACAAGAGAAGGUGAAAGAUGGCAAAUUAUUUGAUGAUGUUACAAGUAGUAUGUCUCAGCUGGCUUCAAAGGUUCAGGGAGCUGGUACAAAAGGCUGGAAAGACAUGACCACAUUCUUUUCUGGAAAACCAGAAGAUUCUUCUAAUAGGCCUGCAAUGGGUGAUAGCUACCAGAAUAGUGGCAUUGAGGAGAGUUAUCAGAACAGUGGCUUGGGUAACCAGGAAUUUUGGGAAAACUUUGGUAGUGAAUCCAAGACGAAAAAAUCACCCAGUAAUGACAGCUGGACAUAUGCAGAUAACAAUUCCACUGAGAAAAAGAGUUUGGAUAGCUGGGACAAUUGGGGUUCUGAGACUGUUUCCAAGAAUAACCAUAGCACUGGAGAAAGCUGGGAGACAUGGGAUAACAACUGGGAUGCUGCUGGUGAGGGUAAAGCAAAAAAAUCACCCAAAAAGACCGCCAAAGUGGCCAACGAUGAUACCUGGGAUAACCAAAACUGGUAGCCCCAUCACCUUCUUUUGACUAGUAUUCCUGUGUUGUAUGCUGACAACAGUGUGUUAGUUAACCAUACAUGGUUAACUACUUGAUGAUAAAUCUCAUUUUUCCUUUUUUGUAAGAAUAUGAUCCCACUGUUGUUGAUUUCAUAAUGUUUAUGCUGCACUCAAAGUACCUUUGAACACCUAAAUUCAAAGCUGAAACUGUAUGGCUGUAUUAAGCAAUGAGGGGUCUGGAAAAUGAGAUGGUCAGUAUUUUCAGUUGAGUAAAUGGCAUAUGAAUUUCAUUUUCUAGAGAUUCUCCAUUACUGUCAAUAUUGGGGAGAAAGACUUUCUGCCUGCCCUGCUCUACUAGACAAGUUAAUUUAAAAAUACUGAGGCUAUAACUGGCUAGAAUAAAACUUGUUGGAAAACAGGCCUGGCUAUAAACAUUGCAAAGUAUAGUUGCAAUUCUUUGACCAUAUAGAUUUGACUAAUAACUGCAUAAUAUUUUAAAAGGUUGAAAAUGUGCUUGAUCUUGACCCCUAUUCCAUUUGCAAAGUCAUAGAUGCCUUCUGGGGUAGUAAGGAAAUUAUUCAUAUUAAAAUAUGUAUUUUUUUUUUUAUUAUUAUUAAAGAACCCUAUAUUGAAAGAAAUUAUGUAUUACAUCAACAUUAGUUUAGUAUUUAGAUCUUUUUAAUUGUUGAAUAAUGCAUAUAUCAACUUGUAAUAGGUCAUGUUCUAUUUUAAGGUAUUUGCCUUUUCUCAUAUACAGAAAUAAUUUACUACAUUAGAAAACUUUUUUUCAAUGAAAUAAUCAUGUUCAUUAUUUUCAUUUGUUUUAGUAGUACUUGUUGACUGGAUAAUUACACAGUCUGAAAUAUAUUAAAAGUAUGUCCAGCUACUUAUUGCCAUCAGGAUUGUUAGGUUCUAAUAAUGCAGGUAUAAUUUUAAGGGUGCUUUAAUAUGUAGAAAGUACCUUACAUAGAUAAACACUUAGUUCAAAUGCAUAUUAAAAUGGCAUCCCUAUUUUUAUGCUAAAUCAUAUCAGGACAAAGUUUAGUUUUUUUUUUUUUUUUUUGUUUGUUUGUUUUUUUUUUCAAUUUGUAAAUUGCUAAUUGAAAAGCCACCACCUCCACCUCUAAAACAUUACAGAUAAGUUUAUAAGUGGGGAGAAAGACUGAAUUAGUGUUUUUUAUGUAAUACAAAUUGUGACUCCUAGGAUUGUUCAUCAUACUCUAGUGGUAAGGCUGACAUUAAAGCCACCAGAAUACACAAUAUUAUCUAGAUAAACAUUUUCCAUGACAUAAUUAUUCAAAUUUAAUGGAAGACAGACAGACUCUCAUAAUACUGACUGGCAUCUUUGGCAUUUUCUUCUUUGGGAUCUGUUGUUACUUAUUUUUAUUUAUUUGGUUAACAGUAAAGAAAUCAUUUGCACAGUCCUUAAGCAUGCCUUUCUGUAUACAGUAUAAGCUUUCCUUGAAAUAACCAUAUAGAUGUGAUGUGGAAGCUGAUAUUCAGUCUGGAUUGGAGGUCCAUAGUUUCUUACAAGCUACAGCUGAUAAUUUAUUAAAAGUCCUUUUACUUGCAUUGCCUUGACAUUAUUUUUGGAUGGAGUCAACCUUUCUUAAAUACUUUUUGUUGUUGUUUUUCGAAGUACAAGUAUUAUCAGCACAGGCCCAGGUAACCAAACCUUUUUUUUUCACUCCCGAGUUUGGAAGUAAUGCACUAAAAAAAGCCUUUGUGUGCUCUCUUUUUAUUUUGUAGAGUUGAACUUGUUCAAAUGAAUGAGUGGAAAGGCUUUUAAAUGGAUAGGAUGACUGGAACACAGAGUUGGGGAAACCAGUAUUUUAAAUCUUAUAAAGUUUUCUAAUUGAGAUUUCAGAGGCUUUCUUGUUUUGAAUGUACAGGCACUUUUUCUCCUGUUAUUGGUGCUUUUUAUGUAUGCAAAAUUGAGGUUAGACCUGAAUGAUAUUAAGACAAAUCCAUAUUGUGGUUGUUAUGCUAUAUAUCCUAUUAAGUAUAAUUUCAGUUUAUUUUGUAUAGCACCGUUCAGUGAGUGCAAAAUUUGAUUAAAACUUUUACAAAAUAUUAAUUGCAUAUGUGCACACAAAGAUAAAAACACAAUUUUUUAUUCUAUUUAACAUGAAAGGAUCCAAACAAUAUAUAUUCUUUUAAUAUUAUUAUUGUUGAAAUAUGGCCAUCUGACAAUGGAGGAAAUAAAUAAAUAAAUACAAAUUCCUAGGUUUAAAAUCCCUGUAGAAAAUAAACAUCUGGAGGGGAGAGUCCACAGUCCAUUAUAAUGCAAAGUCAUUAUAAACAAUUAAUGAAAGAACAUUACUGUUCAGUACAUAACAGAAAUCUGGUUUGAUCAGCUUGGUUUAAAACUGUCCAAACAUUAAAGAUGAAAAGAGGCGGAGGGAGAUCCAUACCUUUUUGAUUUCCUUUUAAGUCUGGCUUAUAAGAUGCAUAAAUAAUUGUGAUUAGCAUGUCUUAAAAUUGCUGAAUGUAGUGUAGCUAGUUUUUACUCUUUUCUAAUUUUCAGAAAUAAACCUUUAGUUUUAUAUUUUCACCAUCUAAGGGCAGCCCUAGGUGAAUAACGAGGUGAAAUGACAACAUUUGUAAAUUAUUAAAUGUGACAGGAUACAAAUAUUAAUUUUUUUAUCUAUAUUUAACAGUUCUGUAGUUUCCAAUUACAUUAACCCAUUGGAGUGAAUAAAUAAAAUCUAACUAGCUCCUACACCAAGUAUCUUUUCUUGGCAAUGAAAGAUUCAACAGCGAUAAAUGAUGUACACAUGAAGUGAGUGUUCAGCCACUGUUUUUAUGUGGCAUGCUUUUUUUUUUUGCUGUCUAGUUGUUGACUGAUGAAGACGACCAUCAAUGAUCCUAGAGGCUGUUUAAUAGUUUGCAGACUUGCUUUAAAUUGAUGUGGGGAAAAUAAAUUAAACUUCUUAAAUUAGUUUACUGUAGUGCAGACAAUUUAAAAUGAUUUGUCUCCACUUUGGUAAUCAGUUCAUAGCUUUAAUGUGUUAAACAUCUUUAAAAGUUAGCUUCACUAUUAACGUUGUGUCUGUCACAAAGUCCCGGACUGUCAUACAAGGCCCUCAAUACACAAGUGGUCAGAGAUGACUCUGGUUCAAAUUCAAAUGGAAAUUCUGGACUAACACUUAGUUUUCAGUGUUGCAACUUUGCUGCAGACAGCCUGUUGGCACAGUUCCUUUCAUCAUUUGACAGAAAUAUGUUCAGUCUGAUGCAAAUUGUCCAAAAAUAUUUCUUAGGGUCACAUUUUUAAUUUAAAAUGAUUUAAGCACUUCAUAGUCACCAACUUUAAAGACUAGAAAAUUUCAUGUUAAUAUCAAAAUAUGCAGUCUACCAACUCUUAAGUGUUCCAUAGCUUGAUAAUGAUCGUCUUAUAUGCCUCCCAAUCCUAGUUACUAUGGUUCUGGGGUCAGUUUCUCAUGAACGUAUUGUUGAAAAACUUCGUCAAGGCUUCAAAAUGUAACUUGUACUCUUAUCUCUGGUGCAUUUUUGUUAAUUUUAGUGUUUUAAUGUAUUGCUGUUGAAUGAAAAUUUUAUGUUGCUAAUUUUGUUUGUAUAUUUCUUUCUGCCUGGAUGGGUUUUUUCUCUUAAAUUGUGAUUAUAUAAAUAUUUGUGUGUGUUUUUGUGUGCUUUUUUUUCUCUUCUGAAUAAGUGUCAUUUUAUUAUUUUUUACUUGACUUGUCAUUUAUCUUAUGCCUUGUCUGAUUCAGACAUUCCAUUAACACAAAGGAAAUGUAUAUUUCUGUAAAUAUACUCGGUCGUGUUUGUUCUGCCACCAGCAUGAAAAAGAGUUUUUAUUUUUGCCAUUUCUUUCCUGUGCAGGAAAGAGUGGUAUAUACCCAGUAUGCGACAACAUCCAAGAUUGUGGUCUUAAAUUAUGUUGAUGUGUAACCUCACUUAACCUGGAAGUCAAGCUAAAUAAAAUCCACAAAAGUCUAUUCUCUUA